AUGCCCAAAGCAUAUGCUGCCAGUGCAUGGCCUGGAGCUCCUCCUGUCUCGGAGGAUGGCUUCGCAUUCGCCGAAGGUGUAUUUUUCGCUCAAUCCUCUGGCCAGAACCGUCAUCGGCGCGCCACAGCAACCGAGCUCAAGGAGCAUUUCACGUCUGGCAACGACAAAUAUCACCCCGCACACUGGUUUGAGGCCAAACUUAUUCACUAUGGUCUCCCUCCAUCCAAGACCAAGUCUGUCGCGCGCAUGCGACUGUUUGAUGCGGCGAAUGCGGGAAACCUCAAGGUGCCAGCUACUGUGAGCAAGCUUGAGACCAAACUGAAGAAAGAAUGGACAAAGAACGAUCGUGAGGCGAAGAAGGGUGCGGCGAGCAAACCUGCUGCGCAAGUGACGCCUGUGAAGACUGAGACGAAGAAAACUUCUGCACCGGCACGGCAAAGACAGCGGCAAAGGACCCUGAAACGGGCCCCGCACCGACACUGGCACGAAAGCCCCAGACUGCGCGCUGUGUUAGAGGCGGUGCAUCUCAAGCCGCUGGCCGAGGAGCAAGCACCGCUGCAACAGAACCGACAAAACAGCCACGAACUAAUCAAACUGCCCGCCGAGGAAACUCAUCCCGAUGGUCAACAGGUGGUCCGAGCCGACAGACAGCAAGAGACCCUUCUCCCGAAGCACCCAGAUUCGCAACGCCUCAGACUGCUCGACGCAGCGGCGCUUUUGCGGCCCGGGGACGAAUACCCGCUCCAUCAGGAUUACUCCUCGGAUGAGAAUAACAGCAGCGAUGACGUCGACGAGGUCAGCCUUGCACCUUUGGGCCUUUUAAAUGGCGACUACGAAGUUGAAUCGCUCGAUGUGAGCGAGCAAUGGGAUUUUGACCCUGACGAGUUCCAAUUGACCCUCACAAUUUCUGGCAACAGACUCUGGGGAAGAUUUAACCUCGGUGUCUACGAAGGUGUACUCCUCUUUGAAGAACGUCCCAUGCGCUCAUCGCAUGAUCGCGUCUGGUUCAAAUGGCGGGGUCGUGAAGAUCAGGGACCUGUAAUUUAUGGGGAUAACAACGAAGGUUGGAUGGAGUUUCUUGGCAACGGUCGCAUUGAGGCUCGUCGAUUGCCUGGUCAAGGAACGCGCAGUAGCAUUGAUGCUCGCACUCUGCAGGAUGAAUGGAACGGGUAUUCCUAUGAUUUGUACGAAGAGGAGAAUCGGGCGCGGUGGCGAUGAGCUUGAUUCGCUUGGGGUAGGUUCCCGCGGGUGAGAGGACGAAUUGGUUACAUGUGACGCCGAUCACUGAAGAUUUUUGAGAUGUUGGAGUUGAGACUUUUGCACAGAAUAUUGCGGUUUUUAAUAUUUUCGGAAAAGAAGCUAGUUAUAAUAA